AUGCCAGAACAGCAACAGCCGAGACCCCAGCUCAGAGGGAACCAGUGCAACAUGGCAGACAUAAUGCAGAGGAUUUCCCUUUCAAAACCACCCGUGAACGAGGGGAUGUACAGAACUUUGUAUAUGAUGGAUUACAAGCCAUAUGCCGACUAUCACUACCAGCCGCCCACAAUGGAUGCCUCACAGAAACUGAAACUGGAAGCCCAGCUGAAGGCCAAGGAGUUUGAAAGGCCUGUUGAGCAUGAACCUGUGAAAUAUGUUGAAGGACCUGGCUGUCAAGAAGUCCAACCACCUUAUCCUACAAGAAUGGAUGGGAGGUUGUCAAAAGGCCAGGAGGCUUCACCGUUCCUACCGUUCCAAGAAGAUCAACGGAACUACUAUCUUCCUCUAGAGCCAGUUGCAGUCCAGCAAAUGGAAGGGGAGAAACUACCUCAGCAGACAGAUUCAUGUACUAUGCCAGGUAAUAUAGAGACUCCCUGCAUCAUGCAAGAACUAGGCCAGAAUUGGAACAACUAUCAACAAUUUCUCUUGGAAAAGCGGCGAGCUAAUCAAAUGCAACUUAAAGAAAUUAAGAAAAUGCACCUGGGAUCUUCUGUGUUUUCACCAGAUUUCAUCACCAGUACAAAUGCAAGUACUUACCAAAGAGAUUACAAAUAUUGGCCCAGAGUCCAGAGUGGAUAUUGUCGAGCAAACCGGAAUUUCUCCAACCUUCACUUUGAAGAUGGCUACUACAUUGAGAACCCCUGGACGUCAGAAUACAUGGACAACUAUAAUAUUUUCUUGAGGAAGCUGAACUGGAAGACUCGGAACCCAGUGUCAUCUUUCUGUUCAGCAAUAAAACCCAUACCCCGCCUCUCUCAUGGGAUGUCCUCACAGACACCAAUAGCAGUGAACACAGCACCUUGAAAAUGUAGCCAUAAUGAUUACGUUCUACAAGCAACAUAGGAAACCAGCCUUGGACAUUUUGGCAUUGGACCUUGGAGACCUGAAGACCUUUUAUAUACCACAGG